AUGCAUCCCGUUAGUCUCGCGGGAUCACCCGCCGUUGAGCCCAAGGCGCGCACCAAAACCUCCAGUAGCAGCAGCAGCAGCGGCGGCGGAGGAAGCAGCGGUAGCGGGGGUUCAUCCGCGCUGGAUAAGCUCCGCGAGCUGCUGCGCGCAGCGGAGGCGGAGCUGGAAAAGGCGUGCGCGCGGACCGUAGAGACGGAGGAGGAGGCGCGCAGGGUGGCGGAACGCGCCAUAGAGAUUUCCGACGCCGCCGCUAAGGCGGAAGCCGCCGCGGAUGCCGCAAUGGCGCAGGUGGAGGCGGAGCUGGCGGAGGAAGCGCUGGCGCAGGAUGCGCUGCGGCAGGCUGACGUGGCGUUUCACGAGCAGGCGGAGGUGCUGGUGGCGGCGGAGGCGCAGCAACAGGCAGUGGAGGCGGGGAUAGCGGGGAUGGCGGAACAGGGGGUUAAGGAGGGGGAAAGCUUGCGGUCGGGCGUGGUUAGCUUAGUGCAGGAGGUGCGCGAGGAGCUGGCGCGGCGAGAGGCGGAGCUGAGAACGCGGACGGAGGCAGCCGCGCAAGCAACUGGAAGGCGGGUGAGGGCGCAGGAGGAGGCGUCCGCGCUGGUGGCAGCGGCGGGGGAGGCAAGGGCGCGCGCGGGGCAGGCGGAGGAGGAGGUGGGGGAGCGCAUGGGCGUGGCGGAGAGGGCGGUGGCGUUCGAGCUGGAGGCGACUCAGAGCGUGGCGGAGGCCGCCAAGGCGCUGGCGAGGGCGGAGAAACUGGUUACUGAUAUCGCCAAGGCGGAGGCGGAGGCAGCAAAGCUAGCCGCGGAGAAGGCGACGCUGCUGGCAAGCGAAGUGGCGGGGGUGUCAGCAGCACUGCGCGCCACUGUGAAGGGCGGACGGGCCGCUGCUGGCAUGCCCACCACUGACUCCGAUAGCGACUCCGACAGGGACUCUGACAAGGACUCUGAAAGGGAGGCUGGUAGGGAUGCGGAUAGGGAAGUGGCUAGUGAGUUUAGCAGUGAGUCUAAUCCGGAGGGGGUGAAUGUGAAGGAAGGGGAGGAGAAGGCGAUUUUGGGGGUGGUUGUUGCAGAGACGGUGGGGAAGGCAGAGGGAAAGGGGAAGAAGGGGGCGAAGGCUGGAGGGGAGGAGGGGGCAGUGGCGGAUGGAGGGCGGACUGCGGUGGUCAGUGAGGGAGAGAAGGACGCGAGGAAGGAUGGAGUGACGGACGGGGUGAAGGGAAGAGGGGAGGCUGAUCUGGGACCCAGCGGCCUGGCAGGCACGGGUGCUGCAGAUGUGAUUAAGGGCGAUGGGGGGGAGGCCGGAAGCGAGGAGGAGGAGGUGGAGGAACUAACAGCUGUUGCCACAUCCGCUUCAGCAGUCCCCGGCUCAGAUGAAGCCACUGCCACUCCUCCUGCUGGCCCCUCCUCCGCUCCAUCUUCCAAGUCACCCUCCUCCUCUUCGUCCUCCUCUUCCUCCUCUUCCUCCUCCUCUGCAUCACCCACCAAAAAGUCAUCCCAGUUCUUCUCAGCGUCCUUCUUCUCAGCGGACGGGCACGAGGUGGAGGAUGCACUCAAGUGGGUGCGAUCCGCACUGCCCCCGCUGCUGCGACACCUGCCCAAGCUGCUGCUCGCCCUCACCGUGCUCCUCCUCGGGUCAGUGCCGCCUGCCACUCCCAGAGUGCUGCGUGCUGCUCCCAAAGUUAUGCGGCAUGCCUGCCUGCUUCUCUACUUCCUGACCAAUACACCUCUCGGCUUUGCGCUCAAAGCGCGCAUGGCGCACAGGGCAGGGGGGCACGCGCCCCCCGCCACAGUCGUACAGAUGGAAGCCAUGCAGGGAGGGGGACUGGCUGGGCCUGCAGGGGACGCUGCCACGCACCCAGCAGCAGCAGGGUGGGCGGCGGGGCAGCAGCAGCAGGUGCAGGGGCCGGUUGCUACAGGUAACCCGGUGGUGUCUGCAGUGCAGGCAGCUGUGGGGCGGGCCAAGGCGCUCAUUGACAAACUGCCCCGACACGAGCCGAACGAGGAGGAGACACAGCUGUUUGACGUGCUGUGGCUGCUGCUCGCCAGUGUCGUCUUCGUCCCCAUCUUCCAGAAGCUGCCCGGAGGCAGCCCCGUGCUGGGGUACUUGGCAGCGGGGGCGCUCAUCGGCCCGUACGCACUCUCCAUCAUAAAGCACGUGCACGGCACUAAGGCACUGGCAGAGUUUGGCGUGGUCUUCCUCAUGUUCAACAUUGGCCUCGAGCUGUCUCUGGAGCGCCUCCGCUCCAUGCGCAAAUACGUCUUUGGACUCGGCUCAGCUCAGGUGUUGGUGUCAGCGCUGGCGAUAGGGCUGUGUGUGCUGGCAGUGGCGCGUGUGUCGGGCCCAGCAGCCAUUGUCAUUGGCAACGGCCUUGCCCUCUCCUCCACCGCCGUUGUCCUCCAGGUGCUGCAAGAGCGAGGGGAGAGCACGUCGCGCCAUGGGCGAGCCACCUUCUCCGUGCUGCUCUUCCAGGAUCUAGCAGUGGUGGUGUUGCUCAUCCUCAUUCCGCUUCUCUCCCCCAACUCCACCGGAGGGGGCGUGGGGUUCAGGGCGAUAGCGGAGGCGCUGGGGGUGGCGGCAGUGAAGGCUGUCAUCGCCAUUGCAGGCAUCAUUGCCGGCGGCCGACUGCUGCUGCGCCCCAUGUACCGCAGCAUGGCGGAGAACCACAACGCGGAGAUCUUUGCCGCCAACACGCUGCUCGUGGUGCUCGGCACCUCCGUGCUCACCGCCCGGGCGGGGCUGUCCAUGGCGCUGGGAGCGUUCCUCGCAGGCCUGCUGCUCUCAGAGACCGAGUUCGCCCUGCAGGUGGAGUCAGACAUGAACCCGUACCGCGGGCUGCUACUAGGGCUCUUCUUCAUGACUGUGGGCAUGUCAAUCGACCCCAAGCUGCUGGUGGCGCGUUUCCCCCUCAUCCUGGCAGCCCUCGCGGUGCUCAUAGCGGGCAAGACCGCACUGCUGGCGGGCAUGGGGCGCCUCUUCGGCCUCUCGCCCGUUGCUGCUGUGCGCACGGGCCUGCUGCUCGCCCCUGGCGGGGAGUUCGCGUUCGUCGCCUUUGGGGAGGCUGUCAGCAAGGGCAUAAUGAGCGCACAACUCUGUUCGCUGCUGUUCAUAGUGGUGGGGCUCAGCAUGGCCAUCACGCCAUGGCUGGCAGCAGUGGGGCAGCUCAUCGCCUCGCGCUUUGACCAGCAGGACGUGCGCUCGCUGCAGCCACAUGAGGCCGAGACGGACGAUCUGCAGGGUCACAUUAUCAUCUGCGGCUUCGGCCGCGUGGGUCAGAUCAUAGGCCAGCUGCUGUCGGAGCGCCUGAUCCCCUUUGUGGCUCUCGACGUGAGCAGUGAGCGGGUCAGCGCUGGCCGCUCCCUCGACCUCCCCGUCUACUUCGGUGAUGCUGGCAGCCGCGAUGUCAGUGCCUCCCCCUUCCCCACCUCCUCCCCUCUGCAUUUCCCGCCUGCCCUCAUUUCCGUUUCCUUGUACUUCGAACCUGCACCUCAAACCUGA